AUGAGUCGGGGUGGAAAAGGAACAGAAUCGAAGGAGAAAGAAUACAAGCAUGUGGACGCCAACAGCGUUGACGGCUUCGGGGUCGAUGAACCCGUCUUCAUCGACAAACUCCUGGCCCACAACACGCUCCGGCCCCGGCUGCAUCGUCGCGUUAGCGGCACUUCCACUUGCAACCGGCGUACCUUCUACUAUGGCGACCUGCUUCUUCUUUCCCUUCGUCUUCUUCGCAUGCGGUAUUCCCUUGCCGCUAUCAUCAUCUCUGUCAGCACCAUCCUCGCCCGGUGCCCCGAAGAGGCGGGGCUUCUUGGACGCCUUCUCAACGCGCGUAUCCGCGCGUUCCUUGCGCUUGUUGGCGAUGAAGAGCUGCUCCCGCCGAAUCUGUCGCCAUGCGAGCCCAGAGACCGUCCGGGCGAACUCCUCUUCGGAAAUCCCGUCAGGCGUGAGGUGCGUAAGAGCGGAAGAGGCCUGAGGAGGAGAGGCGGGAAGGGGCGCAAGAUAAUUGACGUCGAUAGGCGCACCCAUCACGGUGACAGCACGGGUAAUGACAUUGAACAGGCUUGUCGCGAUGCCCAUCGCGGCGAAGACUCUUGUCAAAAGUGGAAUAACGACGGAGCUGCUCGACCGGAGCGUGUUGUGGGCCAGGAGUUUGUCGAUGAAGACGGGUUCAUCGACCCCGAAGCCGCUAUGAAAACGUAG